UAAAGCACUACCUUUUUAAGACUGGGUCCUUUUUUCAACUGGUCACUUUUGGCCCAUUCCGGCCCACCUUUUCAAUCCCGACUUUAUCGACGACGACGACGUCAACGACUCCCACGAAUUCCGGAUUGACCACCAUUGCCACCCGCAUCCGGCCUGCCCGUUGACCGCUCCUCGUUGGUUGCUCCGAUUUGGUUUUUGUGGUGGUUGGACCUGCCUGCCUGCUUGCAUUAUGGGAAACGUGUUCGCCUCGUUGUUCAAAGGCCUAUUUGGCAAGAAGGAGAUGCGCAUCUUGAUGGUGGGAUUAGACGCGGCCGGCAAGACCACCAUUCUCUACAAGCUCAAGUUGGGCGAGAUCGUCACCACCAUUCCCACCAUUGGUUUCAAUGUGGAGACGGUGGAAUACAAGAAUAUCAGUUUCACGGUGUGGGAUGUGGGCGGUCAGGACAAGAUCCGGCCCUUGUGGCGCCAUUAUUUCCAGAACACGCAAGGCCUGAUCUUUGUGGUGGAUUCCAACGAUCGUGAGCGCAUUGGCGAGGCUCGCGAUGAGUUGAUGCGCAUGUUGGCCGAGGACGAGCUACGCGAGGCCGUUUUGCUCAUCUUUGCCAACAAGCAGGAUCUGCCCAACGCCAUGAACGCGGCUGAGAUCACGGACAAGCUCGGUUUGCAUUCCCUCCGCAACCGGAGUUGGUACAUUCAGGCCACGUGUGCCACCUCUGGAGACGGUUUGUACGAAGGCUUAGAUUGGCUGUCGAACCAGCUGAAAAAUGCGAAUCGAUAAACAUGAUACACCCCUUCCUCCAUCCCCUCCUCUUGUUCCCCCCCACUUCUUCUCACUAUCAUCGGUGUAACCCAAUCAUCGCCCUCCUCGUAUGGCGACCCCUAAAACUUGGUCGCUGAGACAAUUGAUGACGACCAAAACGAUCAACGGGUGAUUGAAGACGGCGGUGAGGGGGCGGGGACGGUGCGACGAAGAUUAUGAAGUUCAUCCAAUGAGGGCGUGAUACUUUGCACCAUUGGCUGAGAAUUUUUACACGUUUUAUUUUAUCAACUACAAAAGGUCUUUUUCACAUCGAAAAAAUGGUCUCUCCCAAACGGCGUUUGUUUAUUUUAUUUUUUCCUUAUUCUCCGUUAGUGUUUCUCCUUCCCUUUUGUUUCUCGUCCUUGCAAGGGACAGCAUGUCUCUUUCAAGUCUUAGGCCUCGUCUUCCUCCCUUGUCUUGAGAUCAUACCAUUGCCAUGAAUAUUAUUACCUAUAGUAUAUUGUCACCAUCACUGCUAUGAUUUGAAGUAUAUUCGCCACCUUUCCAUUUGGACCCAAAA